AAUGAUUGAAAAGAAAUUGAAUUGGACAAGUUUAUUCUACGGAUUUUCACAAGAUACAACUUUUCACGGCGUUAAAUAUAUUACUAAAUCUAGUAAAUUUCUAUUAAGAAGAUUUAUGGAUUAUUUCAAUUAUCCUAAAGCUGUUGAUGUCGAAGUUUUGUAUACUAAACAACUCGAAUAUCCAGUUAUUACACUCUGCAAUCAAAACGUCUACAGAGCAUCAGCAACUGUAGAAACGGGCGUCUUCGACGCUUUUGAAUCAUAUUUUACUAAAACUACACAAAACAAAGGCAAAGAGAGCUUUUGCUCUUUCGAUUUAGACUUUUGCAACUUUCAUCAAGUCAAAUUUGACGAUAUCGACUGGCAGAGAAGAAAACUUGGCAAUAUUCAAACUCUUUCCGGACCGGACAACGAUCAUACAACCGGAUCCGGAUAUUUUCUCUUUUUGGAGGGGGGCAAAGAGCAAAUGGGACGUUUAAUUUCGUCUUGGCAUUCGGCGAAAACUUGGAAGACGAGCUGCGUUACUUUCUAUUACUUCAUGUAUGGAUCAUCGGUUAAUAAAUUACAGUUUUACGUUGUUGACCCUGACAACUAUAGUUAUAAACUUUGGGAAAAAUCCGGAUGUCAAGGCAAAAGAUGGCGAAAAGCGAGUGUCAGUGUAAACCUUGAAUUGUUCCAAAUUCGGUUCGAUGGCUACACCGGAAGAGCAGAUCGCCACGUUAUUGCUGUCGAUGACGUGUCUAUCAAGCAAUGCGAUAGAGAGUCGCAAGAUUGCAGAAAUGAUAAAACGGGAGAUUUAUACAGAGGAAAUCAAUCAUUUAGUAUAAAUAAUAGACGUUGUUUAUACUGGAAUGAUGUUCAUUCUGUCGAGUUGUUGUUCUUUGAGGACGAAACAAUUCGGCAGACUAAAAACUUUUGUAGGAAUCCUGGAGGUAGAAAAUCCGAACCUUGGUGUUUCGUACAACGAAACCCUCUUCUUUGGGAAUAUUGUAAUAUUCCUUUAUGCGACUCAAAGGAAAAGGUAAAGAUUGAAAUUGAAGAAUCGUCGGUUGACUGUAAUUUUGAAAAGAGUUCUAUUUGUGGUUAUGAUAAAAGUUCUAACACAAAUGAUUUCAUGUGGACUCUAAGGAAUGGAAGUUCAACCCAUGAUCACCUUGGCCCAACAAUGGAUAAGACAUUUUACAGUCCAUUAAAGGGAAAUUUCAUGAUGGUUGAUAGUAGAUAUGCCGUUGAGAAUUCAAUAAGUUGGUUAGAGUCACCACCCGUACUGUUGAAAGUUUCGUGCUGUUUGAAAUUUUACUUUUGCAAGAGAGGACAGAUAAACUUACGAUUGUUUUUAAUCAAAGAUAAUAAUAUACGUACUCCUCUAGAUGAAAUUAUUGAAACAGCAAACUCCUGGAAAUUGAAAACAGUAAAUAUUAACAAGUGGAAAAGAAGCUUGUUGAUGUUUGUUAGAGUUUUAUUCGAAGCGGAACAUAAAUUUGGAUUUGAUAGUACAAUUGCAAUAGAUGAAAUAGAGCUGCAAAGAAGAAAUUGUCGUUUGGAAGAAUGUAAAACAGACGAAUUUAAAUGCAGUAAUGGUAGAUGUAUCGACGGUAAAAAAGUUUGUAACGGCAAUAACGACUGCUUCGACUAUAGUGAUGAAGAAUUGCCUUGUUUCGGCUUUAUGAAAGUAUUCUCCUAUGGUCCUAAAGUUACUUCUUAUGCAAUUCUGAGGUCGCCUUCCAUUAAUACAAGCUCCGAAAGUUGUGCCGUUUUUUCGACAUUACUGAAUUCUUCAGUUUCGGCUGCUUUAAACAUCUAUGCUGAUUUGGAAAAAGGGCCAACAAAAAUUUUAGCUACUAUUUCAAAAUCACCUAAUAAAUAUAUAACAAAAAAUAUCGUUCCUUUACCGCCAAAUGUUCAAAUGAGUUUAUCAUUCGAGUCUCGUAUGGAUACUUUUGGACACGAAGCUUAUGUUGGAAAUAUCUCACUUGAUCGAAAUUGUUCUACUUAUGAAACCGAAAUUAAUGUUAAUUGCACGUUUGAAUCGGAAAUUCUCUGCGGUUUUAUAAUUGAAUACGAAAAACACGGAUAUUCUUGGUAUAGAACCAACAGCAGUUCAUCCAUAUUCAAUGGUCCACUAACCGACCAUACGUUUCAAAAUUCUAGUAGUGGAAAUUUUAUAAUCACGAGAGGGUUGGUGGGCGUUAAAGGCAAUAGAGCAAGAAUAAGCUCGCCUAACUUUAAACCACAAUCAUCCAUUUCCUGCUUAUCUUAUUACUAUCAUAUGUUCGGUAGCUUAAUCGGAAGACUCCAAGUCAUCCUUCGACUUGAAGAAAAACUUACUAUUCACGUAUUCAAACAUGAAUUUAACCAUGGCAAUGUAUGGCUCCACAACGAAAUUCUUAUUCGUAAUCAACAAAAUGUAGAAAUGAAAGUGAUCUUUGAAAGUAUUCGCGGUUUUGAUAGAAGUAAUAAAAUGGCAUUGGAUGAUAUUUCUUUCUAUAAUGGAUUUUGUCAAACUCUUCAAGGUUUCCUCCAAUCCUUUUUUCAUUCUUACACAACAAAAUCACUUUAUAUUCAUGCAGCUCAAUGCCUCAAUUCGAGCUUUCAAUGCCAAAAUGGCCAAUGUAUUGACAAGAGUCUGGUUUGCAACGGAGAAAGCGAAUGUUUCGACGGAAGUGACGAAAGCAAUUGUUCCGAUUGCCUACACGACAUUCAAGGCAGAUUCUACACAGGAAAACUUUCAACAACCGAAUCUGGAAAGAGAUGCAUGAGUUGGAAAGAGGCUGUUGGCGAAACGCAAACCACCAUCUCAGUAGAGACGGGAGAGACGAGUUUGACAGAAAUGACAAACUAUUGCAGAAACGUUAACGGAAAGAAAUCUCCUUGGUGUUACGUAUCAAAAGAAAGAUGGGAAUUCUGCAGCAUUUCCAAUUGCGGUACAAAGAUUAAUAUUCCAAUUCAAAAAAUAUCUCUUUCGCUUGAAACGAAAGAAACAAUAAACUGUAAAUAUUUGCAGAAUGCCGAGAAAAUCAAUACAGAUGCAACAAUUCGGCAUUGGAUUCGUACAAAUACUCCGACACCCUCCCAAGGUACUGGACCUGAUCAUGAUCAUACUUAUGGCAAUAGAACAGGUUUUUACCUUUAUGUGGAAUCUACUCAAGAAGGGCCACCUUUGAAAUUCGGUGAUGAAACCUUUCUCUUUUCUCCUAUCGUCAAGCCAGUAAAAAAUCAUUGUUUACAAUUCUUUUAUCAUAUCUUCGGCUUGGAUAUUAACAAACUAAAUGUUUAUAUGAAAGUAAACAACCUUUACAAGUCGCUAGCAAAAUUCAAUAAAUCAACUCAGUUGCCGAAUUGGUUUAUGGCUGAAUAUUUCAUUCGACCUAACAUUGAACAAAUAGUUUUCCAUUAUAUUAGAGGAGUUGAUUUCAGAAAUGACCCUGGUAUUGAUGAUGUUCUCCUAUAUCCUGGAAAUUCUCAUCGAACUUGUUCACAUUUUGAAUUUACUUGUUCCAAUGGCCACUGCAUCAACAACACUUACACUUGCGAUGGAUACGACAACUGUGGCGACUUUUCAGAUGAACUAGUCUGCGAAACGGAAUGCAAGAGAUCUUUGCAAGAACAAUGGUAUAUAGGGACGAGAAAUGUUUCGCAAACUGGCAAAAAGUGUCUCUACUGGAGGAACAUGUCAAACUCUUUCAAGAUUCCCUAUCGUUUCCCGGAUGAAAGUCUGCAAAGUGCGGAGAAUUAUUGCAGAAAUCCAACGAAUAGAACGUUUGGUCCUUGGUGUUACGUUGAUAAAGAGAGUGAAAUGUGGGAAUACUGCAAUAUUCCUAAAUGUUCAGUUUUCCAAAGUUGUCAGUCGAACGAAUUUCAAUGCGCGAAUGGAAUGUGCAUUGAUAAAAAACACUUGUGCGACGGAGUAAACGACUGCAACGAUAGAUCGGAUGAAAUGGAGAUUUGUGGAUCGGCGUACAACAUCUCGUGUGAUUUCAGUGAUCGUUAUAUGUGUGGCUACACAGACGAUAGUCCUAAUUGGAACUACAGAUUUCAAAGGAAAGGUUCUUUUGAUGGUUCAGUGCAAUCAGUAAUUCGGCUUUUAACUACAAAAUGGGAUGAGUGUUUUCAUGAGGAUACGGCUGGAAUUGACUACGAAGGAAAUGUACAAAAAACAGUUAAUGGGAUUACUUGUCAAAUCUGGCGUGUUCAGUUUCCCAAAGCUCAUCCCUUUUAUCUUGAUAGUUUUUUCCCAGAAAAAAAUAUAACAGAAGCUGAGAACUAUUGCAGGAAUCCAUCAAAAAGCGUUCCAAACUAUGAUCACCUUGCCAAACCUUUCUGCAUAUCUUCGAGGAGUGUUAACCAAUCAGUCGGCGAUUGUAACUUGAAAGUUUGCCAAUAUUCAUUUCUGAAAACGAACUGGGGAUUAAGCCAAGGUCAUAUUGCUAGAAUAAAUAGCCCUAUUGUUAAAGGUGGUGUUGGUGAUUCCUGUUUAGAAUUUAUAUUUUUAAUGAUUGGCGAAAACGCAGGAUCUUUAACUUUAAUUUUAAAUAAUGAAAAAGGAUCGAAUGUUUUAUGGAAAGGAGAGGGAGAUUAUGGAAAUACUUGGAAGAUAGUAUCUGUUAAUAUCAAAUCAAAUACCUCAUUUUUUAUAACGUUUUUAAGCGAAUCCGGAGAAAAGAAUUCGGCAAUAGCAAUAGGAAAAAUUUCGCUAAAGAAUGACUCUUGCCGAAAGGACAAUUGUUCUGGAAUGUUCCAGUGUAAAGAUUCUUCCGUUUGUAUUGAUAAGAAAAGAGUUUGCGACGGUUUAACCGAUUGCAAAGACAGUUCUGACGAAAAUUCCUGUUCAAGCUGUUCAAACGACAAUUUUCAAUGCAAGAACGAAAGAUGUAUAAGUCUUUUUAAAAUAGACGAUGGAAGGAACGAUUGUUUCGAUAAUUCAGAUGAGAAUAUUUCGUAUUAUUAUCCGAAACUUGCGAAACUAAUUUCAAUGAAGAAAGAAGAAAACAACUCGAACGUUCAUUCUUUUUCGAAUAGAAACUGGAAUAAAGAUUACGUCUUCUCUAAAAAGGAUUACGAACCGGAUAUUGAAGGUAUUCUUAUAAUAAAAAAAGGAAAGAGGGACCGAGAAGAGGGAAGGAAUGGGUGGAUGAGUGAAUGA